AUGAGUCAGCCAGGCUAACGUCGGUCGUGUACGAAAUGUAGUGAGAAACCUGCGAUUGUGAUACUUAUCUACGUCACGGGGUGUCCAGUUUCCCUAAUUUGGGAGCAUAUGAUGUAGAUGAUUGAUUUAAAUACUGACACACCCAGCAUCCAGUAGACGAAAACUAAACUUGAAGUAGAAUAGAGCCGUUGAUGUCAACAUGGACAACUUUCACUUUCUCCGUCUGAUACUUUUAAUCAUCAUUUUAAUAUGCGAAUCUGUGAUAGCUGAUAUUUAUUUACACAGUCCAAGGGGAGGAAACAACAGAUUAGACGAAGAAAAUAGAAAUGUUCAAAAUCAGAACAGACUGUUUGACUCCCAAAAUAACAACAGAGGGGGCUACAAUGUGGGGUCCUUGUAUUACUACGCAGGGUCGACUCUUCCGAUUGAGUGGACCAACCAGCACUCGUGCAGUAACCCCAAUAGUCACUGUGAGAUCAUUCUACAGUACAUGUGUAAUGACCAGGUCAGGGAUGGAGCCUCUACACAAACUAUACCAUUGAACCCAGAUGAUUGCAGGCUGGGUAAUUGUAAUACUGACAAGGAAUAUGGCAUGAAUGAGAAUUUCGACUAUUACGUGAACUGUCGAUCACGAGAAAGAAACAAGGGACUAUUUACAGCUGACCAGAAUUUAAACAACAGAAACAGAGCUGUCAACACUCGCCAGAAUCCCAACGGACAGCGCUAUGGUUACGAGUGUCCAGAGGAGCGUGACUAUUACCCCUAUUGGGGCCCCACACCUUGGAUGGACAUAGCGGUGUUAACAAAUGAUGCCACCAGGUGUCCUUAUUACAAGGCAGAGAGUGCCAAUGUAAAGCCUCGCUUUGGCUGUGUGAUGUCAUCAGACUUCCUAGUAGAGAACUUCCCCAGAAUCACCCUCCCCAACACCAAGGAGGCUUGUGAGGUAUACAGGUACCCCACCAAUGACCCAGACGGUAUGAAGGCGGAAUGGAAGGAGGUCCCCGCCUUUGGUAUUGGGGAACCAGACUGUCGGGAGACCCAGUUUUCUCGGGACAAUCACCUGGGUAACGGGAUCGGAGGUCAGCCUCUGGUCUACAACUGGACAGUGCCCAACACUGUGCAUGAGAACUGUGUCAUGAGGAUCAGGUACAAUAUUUCCACCGGCGAUUAUGACGGCUGGAACACUACCUAUAACACUAACGUGAAUGCAAAGUUGGCGGCUAAGGUGGGGCUGUCUCAGAAUGAGGCGGACAAUCGAGGAUUCGUUCUAGAAAACAACCCUGAGGUCAAGGUCUUUUCUGAUGCAAACUUUGACCUCGAGCUAGCUGUCAAUACCGCCCAGUAUGGUCGGACUUUUGAAGACAGGUCCUUUGCCUUCGCUAUUCGUCCUCGACCCGCUGGAACUGAGGGUAGGACAAUCUCCAAUCUGAAUGUCCGAGGAAAGCGAGGCAACAUAGUGCAGGUGUUCCCAUCUGUGGAGUACGACUUUGUUCCCAACAACCUGGAGAUGGGCACCUCAAACUAUGUGCACAUACAGUGGACUGGUUCCAACACCAACAACCCAAACAACGACGGCAAUGGACAAGCCCGCUCAGAUAGAAACAACAUUGUACAGCUGGGUGAACCAACCUACGACGAGGGCAGCCUGAAGAGCUUUGGCCCGGGGGCGGUGUACGGGAAAUACGGGGUCAAUUAUCCGGCUCAUGUGGUCAACUCCUCCUUCCUUGGCCUCAGUCAGCAAGAUCUGCUGCACCUGGCCUUUAACUCUCCAGGACAAUUUGGAGGGGAGCUCUCUCAGCUGGAUGACGCUGGUACAUACUUUGAUCUGGGCCUUCGCAUGGUGUCCCAGCAAGGGACCUACCAGUACAUGUGUACCCGCAACAACGACUUCUCUAACCGCGACCAGAAGGGGCGUGUCACGGUCCUUCCAUACCUGACACAGAACCAGGCCAUUGGAUGGGGAGGCGGAACUUUGGCCCUGGCUGACAAUAAAGCCAAGAUCAUGGUAGAACAGGGCACAUUUUCGGCCCUACAGUCGAUGAGGAUGGAGGAAUGGACGCCAGAACAAGCUAUAGCAAGCAACAGACUGAGGAGUGAACCGACUGGAGAUAAAUACGCCAGUAAUUUCAUAGUGGUCCAACCUGAAACAAUUAUGACCCAAAGUGGAGCCACCUUCACGAUUCAAAUGCAGGUGGAUCCAGACGCUAGUGAGGUGGAGAUUUACCGCUCCAAGUCAUCGGACAUGGCCACCUGGACCAAAGUACCUUCUUCAGUCAGCGGUAGCACCGCCAGCUUCCAGGUGGAUCAAGGUGGGGUCUAUGUGGCUCGGUCCCACCAGAACUUGGGUCCAAUCAUAGGGAUUGUUGCGGCGUGUGUGGUGGUGCUUUUGGUGGUGAUUGCCUCUGUGGUGUACCUUAAAAGAAAUCCGAGCAGCUUCGAGAAACUCAAGAGUGGUGCCAGGAAAGCAGAGAGAUCUGUUCAGAAUAAGGUGUAGACUGAUAGAGAGAAGUUGACAAUUUUAUGAAUUUUUGUUGAGAUUUGGAUGUAAACAUGAAAUUGACAAGGACAUUUUUGUUUUAUUCUUGCCAUUGUUGAUUAGAGGAAAGUUGAUAAAUGUGGUGUUCAGUCUGGAUCAUGCAAAACUUGUAUUUUUACAAUUAUGAUAUGUGCACUUGGCAUUUUAUUGAUUUUGUUUUUUGUUUGCUUUUUUUUUGUUAAUUGCAACAUUAUACAUUUUGCUGAUUGGAACAAUGAAUUAUUGGAAAAAGAAAAAAACCCAUACAUUUUGUUAAUUGGAACAACAUGCAUUUUUGAAUUGCAAAAAUUAAUUAAUGUACAAAUGAUAAGCAUUUCAUUUCCAUUUCAUAGUUUUAAACUUUGCAGGCCAGAGUUCAUAUUUCUAUGCAACCUUAAAAACAUAAAGCUCACUGGAUCAAUGCACCGUUCUCCCCUGGUUUACUUGACCACGCCUCUACUCCCUCAUUUUCACCCUUCUCACCCACGUGGACCAAAAAGCAAUUGGCUCUUAAUUCUUAAAAUCAGUUUAUCAUGUCAACCACUUUGCCACUUUUGUGAAACUUAAAGAUGAAUUGAUAGAUUAUUUUUGUUCUUGUAUAUCUUUGUUUACAUAUGUAUUAUAUAUUUAAUAUGUGUACAAUAUGUCUCAUGUUUAACAUGGGCAUAUACUCUGCUUUACCAAAUAUGAGAUUAAUGUAUUUGAAUUCAUUGUCGUAUAGAAGUUUUGCUUGCCUGGUGUAAUGUUUCUCCACCAGAUUGCAUUAAUUGAUAUCAGGGCAGUUGUAAACAAAAUGCACUUCAAUACAUAUCAUUAAGAAAAUUGCCACUUUUAUGAUAAAAUGUUCAACAAUUAAAUGUUCAUGUACAUUUCGCAUAUAUAACAGUGUCUGUUUCAUAUCUUUUCCUACCUUUUUUUUUUGGUCCAGUAAAUUAACCAAAAAACCAAUUUUAGAUGGCAUUACAUUUACCGGGUACAUGCAUCUAGUGCAAUAUCUACUGAGUACUGUGAAGUCAGUUUUUAUUCAUGGGGGUCAAAGUUCGCGGAUAGUGAAAUUUUUUCUUGUUUAUGGGGACGUAAUUUCGUUGAUAACAAGUUCUGUUUCGUAAAUGAAUAUUAAACAUAUGCUUGCAUAUACAUUUGUUGGGAUGUUAAUUCAUUGGCCAUUCGUGAACAUUGGUCCCUCACUAGCAAUAAUGAUUCCAAAGUAAACAAAAAUGGUACAAUAUAUAUUAUGAUAAAUCUACAGGAUUUCUGAAAUUAUACAUGAAUUAAGUUAAAAAGAAUCUGUUUAGAAAAGCCAAAGAUCAAGAAAUUAUUAUUGAAUGUUGAAUUGAAGUAGUUUUGGUGCCUUUUAUAGUUGUAUGUACAUAUCUUUAAGGCGUAUGAACAUUUAUUGCUUCAUAAAAAUUCCAUGCAAUGCUUGUCUUUUAUAACCUCUUGUCUCUAAUACAUCAUUCAGUUUGCAAUACCUCAAAUGAUUCAAAAUGCAGUUUCAUUUUUAUGAUUACAUGCAUACCACAUGAUAUUGUGAUGAACAAGCCACUAUUUUUAUUCAUAUUGUUUAAUAUUUACCUAUUGUCUUACCUGAAUUUAUACUAUAUUUCUCCGUUUCUAUGGCUGCAGGUCAGCUAUUCAAAUACAUGUAUUAUGUAUGUAUUUUAUUGUUCUCUGUUCCAUUUUCAAAAAUGAUAAAUCUUUUCAUUCA